CAAAAGAAAAUAAUAAUGAUUUUUUUCUCUUUUUUCUUUCUUCUGCAGGCAGUCUAAGAGAAGUACGUGGAUAAAUGCAACAACGUAUGUAAUCUUGAUGCAAGUCCCUUAUAACUACCUUAGUCGUGUGUUCUCACCCCAACAGAACCUGAAGAAGCUAGGGUUGAGAAGUCUUCAGUGUGAUUCCAGAAGAUGCACAGCUACCGUGGAAAACAAUUGCGUUAAAUAUAAUGGUUACAAUAUGAAAGUGCAAUUCAUUCUGAAGCCAUCGAGUAAGAAAGUCAAGAAUCCCCUCGUUAAAUACGGUGCCGUCAAUUCUGAGGGAAGAGCAACGAUAGCAUUAAAAGAUCUGCUGCCCUUUACGAACUACACCGUAACCGCCAACCCUGCCAACGACGUGGGCGCCGCCACCGACCCCUCCCUCACCAAAGAAACCUCCUUCAUCGCAAUUUCCCAAUGCUAUUGGAAUCCAAGGACUAGGGCAGAGAUUGACGCAAAAACAACCCUGCGCUUCACUUGGAACGGACUUCGGAGUAACAAUGGCAACCCUGGUUACUACACACUCACAUUCUUGGAUGGAGGAGACAAGAGCACUGUGAAAAAUGUCACCGAUACUGAAAUCAAAUUUGCUCACCUGACUCCAGGCAAAAAGUACACGUUAGAAGUGAAGGAGUGCUUUACAACAGUGCACUGUGACAUACUGACGACACUUGAAAAAUGGACGGAACCAGAGAAGCCACGAGUGCUGGAAAAAACAGAACUCCAGACAACAACAGACACCACCAUCACCAUCCAGCUGCCCGUCCUGCAGAACCCUCCAGGAAUGCACUGGAUAUUGCUGAGGAAAUACAGCGGCGGCGGCGACGAAUAUCACACAAGGAAGCAAGACACUGAGAAGAAAGCACUGGUAAUGGUUCGCACAGAAAGGGCGAAGGAAAGGAAGGAGGCGCAGGCAAGGAGGAGGAAUCGUCGUUCCGCUGAUCCAGGAGAAAACGAUCACUCGUUGCGAAUUGUGGCUAAGAUCGAGGUGGUGGAGGAAAAGAACCCCGAGGAGUUAGUGGUGGUGGGAGGCGACUGGCAUGGAGGGAAGGGUCUGGAAAGCGACACUGAGUACAUUGUGUUCAUAGUGACGGAGACCAGGGCAGGUGAGUGAGUCUCUCUCUCUCUCUCUCUCUCUCUCUCUCUCUCUCUCUCUCUCUCUCUCUCUCUCUCUCUUUCUUGCUGGAAAUUCGAAUUAUACCUUACUUUUGUUAGUUUUAUAAUUUAUUUCAACAUUACCAGUAUUUCUGUGCCUCAUGACCGUAGUUGUUGCGGCACCAUUCAAGAUUUUUCUUAAUCACUUCACUUCUCUCUUGGUGACCUCUUAAUCCUCCAGUGUUCUUACGUUCCUCUCUUAUAGUCGUGUUUCGCUUCCACUGUGUUCAUGUGUUCCUGUCUUAUGGUCAUGUUUCACUACUCUUCCCCCUUCCUCCCAUACCAAGUCCCUACAGUGAAUACUUCUCGUGCAAGCAAAGGAUUAUGAGGACAGCGAAUCGCCCUAAAGAGCCCGCUACUUAGGGGGUGACCGUGGCCCUGUGUUCUGCUGCGCUCUUCCUCAUUUGCUUCAUUGCACCACUGGUGAUCUCUUGUUCUAACACAGGAAGCAGCUUCCGUAGAAGAGUCGUUGUAACCCAGUCAACAAGGAAGGUAAGGCAUGAAGACAGGAUCAUGCGGACCAUAACUAAGGCCAGCAUUCAGAGACCCUUUGUUCUCUCACCACAGCGACUGAGGUGCUGUCAAAGAAGACUACGAUAUGUUAAGACAAGUAGAAUCAACCUUCCAGAUACUAUAUAAUGGUUUAGGGAAUAGACCUUCUGUAUUAGAUAGCUAGUAUACUCAAUAAUUUUGCUCUGUAUUGAUAUCUCUGUUUCCUUAUUCUUGAAAUAAUGAAUAAAAUGCUCAGCAAGCUAUAUUCUCUGUUGUCCGUCGUAGCAAACAGUGUUGUGGUGAUUCUUUGUUCGAUGGAUUCUGUUACUACGAAACCGAGUCUUUUGUAUUGAUUCGAGUCUGUACUGGUGAUGGGCACCAAUAAACCUGGUAACUGCUA